GGUUGAUAGUGCAAUUUCACUCGUAAAACGUAACUUCACUGAAUUAAGAUGGGCGCAAUACCAUUGGCAUUUAUGAUUUUACUGUUUAUUGCAUUUUCUACUCAAACUGAUGCACGUAGAAGGAAUUUUAAACACAGAUCCUCUACUACUACACCUACUACAACAGAAGGCUUCACUACUACAACAGAAGGCUUCACUACUACAACAUCAGACAUACCUAUUACAACACCAGACAGAACUACUACAACACCUGAUGUAACUACUACAACAGAAGACAUAACUACUACAACACCAUACCCAACAACUACUACAACACCAUGCUUCACUACUACAACAUCAGACAUACCUAUUACAACACCAGACAGAACUACUACAACACCUGAUGUAACUACUACAACAGAAGACAUAACUACUACAACACCAUACCCAACAACUACUACAACACCAUAUGUAACUACUACAACACCUGACGUAACUACUACAACAUCAGACAUAACUACAACACCAGAAAUAAAUACUACAACACCUGACGUAACUACUACAACACCAUACCCGACAACUACCACCCCAGAGACCACUUCUGCAGAUCCUAGUGGUCAGUGUACUAGAGAAUAUUCCUGCCUCAACUGUACGGCCGCUCGAAUCUGCGCACCCUCUUUUGACGCUCUCAGUCUCUACGAGGUGAAACGCUUCACUUGCCCGUCAGAGAUGCCUUACUGUAACUACACCACUGGCACAUGCUCCAACUACGUCGAUCCUCAAUGCUCCGACAUUCCUCACAACGGUUCAAACUUUAUCUGCAUGCGCGACGGGUAUUUCCCCGAUCCGCAGUUCUGUUCCGUGUACUACCAUUGCCAAGAGGACGUGGCCACCAAAUACAUCUGUGAGUACCCUCUGCAAUACAACCCCUACACUCAGGACUGUGAAAAUGAAAAUUGGUUUUGUACUGAUAUGGAAGAGAAGUGCCGGGAUUAUUAUUCUGGUAUCAAACUGAUGUUUGGCGACGUGCAAAACUACUUUGUCUACUGUGAAAACAACUCUGUGAUCACUGUGGACCGGUGCAUCGGAGCUUACAAGUUCAACUUCAACUCUCAGCUUUGCGUCCCCACUUGUCCUCACGAAGGGUUGUUCCCGAAAGACGACGAUUGCGCCAACUACUACCAAUGCUCGCCGAGGUCUCACAUCAAGUCCAGUGGGUACAUUAUGACAGACCUUACCUGCCAGGAAGGUCAAGGAUUUUCAGAGUCAUCCUAUCAAUGUGUUGACCGUUCUUUGGCGUCCAAUUGUAACAUAUCUUACCCAGAUCUCUAUAAUAAGUAACACCAUGAAAGUAGAUUUUUUAGAACUGAUAUUGUUAUAAACUAUCUAUAAUUAGCCUUCUAAAGUUGUUUUAACUUCCUUAUACUAAUAAAAAUAAUGUUGACAAAA